UACUAUAUAGAGUCUAGAGAGAGAAAGAGAGGGAGAUAGAGAAGAGAAGAGAGAGAGAGAGAGAGAGAACGGUGUUGUGGUGUGUUCCUCGAUCUGUAUUUUAUGAGAAAAUGAGAUUGGUGACCGGUAAUCCUGGAGUUGUGGAAGAAUGCAGUUGUGGCGGCGCCGGGGACGACGGCGGUGGUGCGGCGGUGGUUGUGGUUGCAGUGAAGAUGGACUCGCCGAGUAGGGAGUUGCUGACGUGGACGUUAGUGAAGGUGGCGCAGAGCGGCGACCGAGUAAUUGCUCUACACAUACUCGAUCCCGACGCCGAUAAAUUGACCCUGCUUUCCCUAGUGAAGGCUUUUGAUUCAGUGCUGGCUGCUUACGAAAGCUUCUGCAACCUAAAACAGGUGGAUUUAAAGCUUAAGGUCUGUAAAGGAUCUCCAGUUCGUAAAAUCCUAUCUCGGGAGGCAAAAUCAUGUGGUGCGACGACUUUGAUUCUCGGUACUUCAAGUUCAGGUGUCCAUCACAAAAUCAGAUCAAGGAUCUCUGUUGCCAAAUAUUGUGCCAAGAAUCUCCCAAAGAAUAUAUCAGUUAUAUGUGUUGAUAACGGCAAGACUGUGUUCGAAAGAGAAUCAAAUGCGUACGGAAGUCUUGAUGUGUUAGAAUCGACAUUAAAAAGGCGGAAGAUAUUACCGAAAAGCCCGUUGAGUCUACCACACCAGACAGUUUCAUCCUCAAACAAUGGCAAUCAAUAUACUUCAACGGCUUUGGUACCCUUAAAAACCCAAGAAAUGCAUGUGUGUAAAUCGAGAUGGACAGUAUUGCGCAGGAUGUUUUUCUUCGGUCUGAAAAUAACCGAAACUUCGUCUCCAAAGAAAUCAUCUGUGGUGCAACGGAUAUUAAAAUUACCAAGUCGAAUUGCAGCUAUUUAUCCGGAUCAGAAACAGAUUACUGUACCUGAUAAGAAUGAAUGUCAUUCAGAACUCGACUCGGAAAAUGGAGCUAUUGUACUGUACUCAUCUGACAGUAACUCUGUUCCUUAUUCAUCUAAUAUGUUCUCUGACGAACUCAAGGCUCUUCGAGAGAAGUACUCAACAACUUGCCGAUUGUUUAGCUACCAAGAACUCUUGUUAGCAACAAACAGCUUUAUACCUGAAAAUUUGAUUGGAGUGGGGGGAAACAGCCGUGUUUACAGAGGCUGUCUACCAGGAGACAAGGAAUUAGCAGUUAAAAUUCUAAAACCAUCGGAAGAUGUAGUGAAACAUUUUGUUUCGGAAAUUGAAAUCAUCACAUCUUUGCAUCACAAAAACAUAAUAUCUUUAGUCGGCUUCUGUUUUGAGGAAGACAGAUUACUUUUGGUCUAUAAUCUCUUAUCCAGAGGGAGCCUAGACGACAAUCUCCAUGAUGCUGGGAAGUCCGGAAACUUAUUUGGUUGGGAAGAGAGAUAUAAAGUUGCUUUAGGAGUUGCAGAAGCGCUCGACUAUUUACACAAUACAGCUGAAGCAAUCGUACAUAGAGAUGUUAAAUCUUCAAAUAUCCUUCUUUCAGAUAGUUUUGAGCCACAGCUGUCAGAUUUUGGCCUUGCUGUGUGGGCUUCAAGUUGUUCACAACAUCCGGAUACCUCAGAUCUCGCUGGCACAUUCGGCUACUUAGCUCCAGAAUAUUUUAUGCAUGGAAAGCUAAACGAAAAAAUUGAUGUCUACGCAUUUGGUGUUGUACUUCUUGAACUAUUGUCUGGUAGAAAGCCAAUUGAUAAUGCAUUCCCGAAGGGCCAGGAAAGCCUUGUCAUGUGGGCGAAACACAUUUUGAAGGAGGGUAAAAUUUCAGAACUACAAGAUCCGAAGUUGGUUAAUGCGUGUAACCACAAAGAGUACGAGAUAAUGGUUUUAGCUGCCACCUUGUGUAUCAGAACUGCACCGCAAUCUCGUCCUCAAAUUAGCCUCGUUUCGAAACUCCUUCAAGGCGACCAAGAAGUCGUCGAUUGGGCUAGGCAGGAAACUAAAUCUUGCGAAGAAAUAAAUUUUAUCAGUAACGAACUAUCCGCCACAAACAUGCAAUCCUUCAUUAAUUUGGCAUUUCUUGAUUUGGAAGACGAUUCUGAUUCUAUUAGCAGCACUGAACAGAACAUAUCAGUGGAGGAUUACUUGGGAGGUAGAUGGAGCCGUUCAUCAAGCUUCGAUUAAUUUAUAAUGUUCAUCGUUUUUUAUUCCAUUCGGUAAAUUGUUGUUCUGUGGUUUGUGCAUAUACCUAGAGAGAGAGAGAGAGAGGGUGGGGGGCGCUUUAUUUGUUCUAUAUUGCAAGGUGUUGGAUGAGAGGAUCCAAUGUUAAGACCUCCUCCUUUACCUGAAUGAAUUCAUGGGGUCUCAUUUUCUUGGGAUUCUUUGUUCAUAUUUGGCUGAAAAUUUGCCAUUUUCAUUUAUCCAUUAUAGUAAAAGAAUGAAGUAAUUGUCACCCAA